GUAUUAUUGCUGCGGCUGCACGUGGUCAACUGAGUCCGCCUCAGACUCAGCCACGCUCCCGCGUCCACAGCACCAGCCACUUGCUUUUCUGCUUGCCCUGCUAGCAAUGUCCACGUCCUCCAGCUGCCCGAUUCCUGGGGGCAGGGACCAGCUGCCUGACUGCUACAGCACCACGCCAGGGGGCACGCUAUACGCCACUACCCCGGGAGGCACCAGGAUCAUCUACGACCGAAAGUUCCUGCUGGAGUGCAAGAACUCACCCAUUGCCCGGACACCUCCCUGCUGCCUCCCCCAGAUUCCAGGAGUCACAACUCCUCCAACAGCCCCACCCUGCAGGCUGGAGGAAUUGAAAGAGCAGAAGGAGACCGAGGAAGAGAUACCCGAUGAUGCACAAUUUGACAUGGACAUCUAAUCCAGUGCAGAUGACCCUCUGUGUGGAGAUAAAGGAGUCCCUCAUGCCACUGCUGCCUCCUCUUCCUGGGGUAUCCAAAGGCUAAGGCUAACUGGCCUCAUCUAAUCUGGAAGGGAGUGACUUGUUGGUUCUGGGCCUCCUUUAGUUCUGAGGCAGCUAGACCAGAGAUAGGAGUGGGCAACUUGCCAAACCCUUCACGUUACUUUUUCUUUGGUCUGUAGGCACUUCCCCCAACACCUCACCCCCACCACCCUAACCUCACCCCCACCCUCCAUGCUCAAGGAUUGGGUCUGGGGGGUGGAGUAUGUCACCUUCUGACUACUUAGUAAACAUUCGAAGAAAUGUCUUGAUUCUAGUGUUCUCCUCAAUAUUGGUCUCCCUUCUCUACCACAUAGCUGAGGGCCCCAGAUUGCUUCCCAGCUCCCUACUUGGCCCACUUCCAGCAGCGAUUAGAGCCUGAGGCAAGCUAUGGAAGCAGGUUACAAGAGCUGCCAAUCCAUAAACAGCAAUAAUCUGAGGGCUGUCCCCAAUCUUUCCAGGAAGCAACCUUCUUAGAUUUGAACUUCAUCAGCCCUAGCCUGGACACCUAUUCCAGAGCCCUAUUCCAGCCCUAGCCUGGACACCUAUUCCAGAGCAGUGGGGGAAGGCACUACUGCCCAGCCUAAAACUUUCUCCUGUCUUCCCCCAGGCUUUUCCUACCUCCCACCUGUAAGUACCUGCCUCUUUAAUCCAGCACUGAAAACCUAUACCUUUCCUUUUUAUUCUCCCUGCUCUCUGACCCCUUCCACCUAGCUCUACUGUCUUCAAAGUGUCAUAGGAGAAUUUAGGGCUCAAAGUGAGAGGGCUGCAGCUUAUUUGACAAG